AUGGUAAAACUUGUAUCCUUCUUGUUAGCGAGGAAGAAAAGGAUAACAUCGGUCAGCAUUUUAGAGGGAGCCUUGGCAUACUACGUGGUGAGACGGCUUAGUAGCCUGUUCUUUGCUGAAGCGAGGACAAAUUAUGACAUAGAAAUCUGCUCAUGUCAUGAGUUAAGUGUGAGCAAUCUGUUUCACUCCAAGGUUAUUCAUUUGGGUCGGGUGGAUGGUGAUGAGGAGCUGACAAACUUUCUCCGGAAAGUUAUACUUCGAGAGGAGCAACAAAAUUCGUCCGCCAAUUUAGAGGAAGAUCCACCCCCGGAGGAGAAACCUCACUUGAGCAGGAAUAGCGCACGCACAAGUGAAAAAUGCAGCCGAUGGAAUGCCUUCCUUUUAAAAAUUCUCCUUCUCUUAUAUGCCAAUGGGAGGGAAAGGAACAAGAAUUAUUUUGGCCAACUGGCCUCUUACGUCAUAUCACUUUUUCAUUGCGAAAAUGGAGUUAUCAAAAAGAAGGACAAACUGCUCUUCAUGUUUCUCUUUUUUUUCCUCUUCACAAAGAGAGACCCAUGGAAGGGAAGCAGACGCCACGUAGGGGGACGUUAUUCCCAGUUCGCCACGAAGCCAGACAGAAAAAAAAAAAAAAAAAAAAAAAUCCCCGACAACUGCAAAUCUUUUUAUGAGCAACUCAGGAGAAGGAGAUGUGACAAGUUAACACUCCUAGCUGCACACAAAUUUCUGCGCAGUGGUUUGUGCCACGUGCAUCUCAUCAAAGAUGAUGCCAAUGCGCAGUUGAACGCAGAAGAGGACAAAAAGAGAAUCCUAAUUCUAUGUAAGAAGUCGCUUCGCUACCUCAGCGAGGUGUGUGAAAAUUGGAAAAGUUGGCAAAAUGGCGAGAGCAGUGGUAACUAUCCCAACUGCAUGAACAGGUCAGGCGAACUUGCGGGGGAGAUAAAAAACCUUUCGGAUAAGGAAAAACACGAGCGGUUAAAGAAGAUACCCCUCUGGAAACUGCUGAGCAGAAUGAACCACAGGAGGGCAUGCGGUUGGGGAUCUGCUAGGGGAAGGAGGAAACGUGCCAAUUGGGGCAGCUUAAUGGAGGGGAGUAAGGAGAAAGCGUCACCGGGGCAAGAAGAGCCUAACCAAGAUGGACAGAGCCACGUAGACCUAUGCAACCGUCCCCCUAGUGAAGAGACACUCUUUACCUUAACCUGCCUAUGCAUAUCCCUGCUAUGCAACCCCAACUGCUACAACCAUUACUACCGUCUGAUGGGUCUGCUGAGGGGGAGGAGGAGCUUCCACUUACACGAGCGAGUGAACCACUUCGUGAACGAGUUAGCUAAGCAGGACGCCAAGUGCCAGCAUGUCUGGAACAUGAAGAAUGCCCUCCUCUACCUGUACGUGGAGAUGUGCCUUAAGAGGGAACACCCAGUUGUGAAAAGAGGGAAGCAAAAAAAGGGUAGGCAACGUUUACGUCGAAUGGGCCUUUCACUCAACCGUAAGGGGGUGCCUACCGACGGUCUACCAUCCAAACGGUCCCCAAGUUGGACACAAAGAAAAGGCAAAAAAAACGCGCAUGCAUCUUCAAAUGGGGUAAUUUUAAAAUACGUGAAGGAGGACUUCCGAUUUUUUGAAAACAUCUUGGAGCUCAAGUCGUACAACUACGUGGCCACGUCGCAUAUCUGCACAUUUAAUCAGCUUAUUGGUUUUCUCUGGGUGAGGAAGAGGAGCAGUCGUUCUGAGAGCACCUCAAUUAGUAAAGCGAUGGAGGAACUCUUUUACACACUUGUGAGGAAAAAUGCCUACUACUACGGCAUGCACAAUUCAUUCCUUCUGGUCCAUCUCCAAGAUGUGUAUCUGUCCCUGAUGGAGCGAUUAAGUCGCAGCUACUUCGUUGUCGUAAGGACGAACCUCUUCACGUAUAGUUUCGACUUAGUCAGAGGGCAUGAACUGUGCAGUGACGCGCGAUGGGAGAUGGGGAAAGGGGGGGUGGCUGCCACUAAUCCCUAUGACAGUCACCCCUAUGGCAGUCACACCAAUAGAAGUCACCGAUGUGGCUACAAGUGCUAUGGCUACCACCCCCCCAAGCGUGGGCACACAAGUAACAACCAUCGCAGCGAUGGUCAACAAGACGGGGGAGAGGGACCCAUACAGGCAAUGCUGAACCCCAUGGAGAAGAUCACCCACAAGGACCAAGCGUACAUGGGAUACCCCCCCGCGGGAAGGCAAUUUUCCCACCACAAAAGUACAUACCUUGAGUUUAUCCUCUUUGAAAGGGGCGAAAAAGAAAAGAAAAAAAAAGAAAAUGUAGAAAAAAAUUAUGAACAGGUCAGAAACCUUACGCCGCAAAUAUUAUACACAAAAUUGAAAAGCAAAAUGAAGAAAUAUAAACUUCUUUCCAGACAGAUGAUCCACCUGUUGGACAGACUAUAUUGCGAAAGAAUUUACAUUCAUUUUUAUUCCAAUGCGCUGAGGAAUGUGCUGUACUGCCGAUGCAACUGUAACUUCUUUUUCCUCGAGGUGGUCUGCAAUGUGGUCCUACCGCUCCAGCUGAAGGGGCGAAAUGGAGGGAAGAAUGAUUCACCACUUCGGAGAAGCGAUGAAUGGAAAGGAGAACCCCCUGUGGAAAACCAACAAGCAGAAAGGAAAACACACAGACAGGAAGAAACAUCACGGCUGCUGCGCUCUGUAGACCGUUAUCUCGCGAAAGAAUUAAAAUACCUCUUCCAUGAGUACACCCGCUUCAGAGUAAAAUAUAUCGAGAAAAACAAAAACAAUCUGACGAAGCGGGUUAGCCGACUGCUCAAACGGUGCUUACACAUUCGUAACACGUGGUAUCACAGCCGCGCUUCGACAAAAGAGGACAUUAAAACGAUGCGGAAAGGAUGGUCUGCAAAUGGGUUGCCCACGGUUGGCCAUCACAGCGAGGAUGACUUCUCUUCCCACCCCAGAGAGGAGAAGACAGAACAAACAGGAGAAGCGACGUGCCCCCCCGUUCUGCUAAGCUAUUAUGGCAUCUUUUUCAAGUGCAUAAUUUACACCAUACAUGAAUACGCUUUGCAAAUAUCUCGGGUGCUACGCGGGGGGGGAGGCCACAAGGGAAGUACAAGCCGGAGAUUCAGACAAGUCCAAUCGUCAUCUGCUAACCGAGAACAUUUGCAGUAUGCUACAUGUCCUCACCAUUUGCUUCCCCCAUUUGAGGAAACCAAACAAAGCGGCGGAUCAAUUCCACAUGAAAAACUCAACUGUAAUGAUAAUUUACACACCUUGAGAAAAAUAUACCAUGACAUAUUACGCUUUUUUAAAGCUACGAAAAUGAGAGAUUGGAAGAAAAGGGGAACCCCGUUUGGCCACUUGGCCAACCGCCAAUCAAAGACGCUACCCAGAAGAGGUCCAAACCAGAUCCCCUUUUUGAAGUUCCUCUUUUCCGCUAAUUUCCGCCUUCUCCUGUAUGAGUACAGGUACGCAUUUUACCUGCUACGGGAGAUGCGCCGGGCCCUGCAGUUCGUCUUCCCGCGGGUGAAGUGA